AUGGCGCGUCAGGCCCGCCGGCGGAUUUGCUACGUGCUUCCGCUGGCCAAUUCUCCUGGGGGACAUCGCCUAGGCGUCAACGGACUUGCAGUCGAUGCUGAGAAUUCUAUAUUAUACUCGGGUGGACGAGACGGCCUCAUAUGCGCCUGGGACCUCGAUGUCUCCAUCACUCAUCAUGAAGGCCUCGUCACGCCUCUCUCCCAGCCAUCGACCUUUCGUGACCAAGUACAGGCCCACACACAUUGGGUGAAUGAUAUACUACUUGCUCGGUCCAACUCCGCUCUUGUUUCAGCUUCCUCAGAUAUAUCCGUUAAGGUAUGGCGACCACAUGCGGAGGAAAUACAAAUGCCGACGACAAUUGGUCUGCAUAGCGAUUAUGUCAAGUGCCUGGCUUCAGCAGGCUCUCACACUGAUUGGGUAGCCAGUGGUGGCUUAGAUCACAAGAUACGAUUGUGGGAUUUAAAUGGCCAUGGGGAGAAAUUACAAAUUGAUACUGGAGAGAGCGAGAGCAGCUCAAAGGGCUCUGUUUAUGCAUUGAGUGUACGAGGAAGUGUAAUGGCUAGCGGAGGACCGGAGAGCAUUGUUCGUUUAUGGGAUCCGAGGACUGGCAAGCGGAUCACUAAAUUUGUUGGGCAUACAGACAACAUCCGUGAUAUACUCAUUAACCAAGAUGGUGAUAGGGUCAUGACCGCAUCUUCGGAUCAGUCCAUCAAAGUAUGGUCGGUUACAGCAGGCAGGUGCAUGUAUACUUUGACAAUGCAUAAUGAUAGCGUAUGGUCCCUACAUUCUGACCAUCCAAACUUAUCGGUCUUCUACUCCAGUGACAGAUCAGGUCUGGUUGCCAAAACGGAUGUCCGCCAUUGCGACGACAUGGACGAGGGGCUUUCGAUCGCCAUAGCACAGGAGCAGGAGGGCGUCAACAAGAUUGCUGUGGCAGGCGAUUGCCUUUGGACGGCAACUUCGAGCUCAAGCAUAAAUCGAUGGGACGAUGUCGAUACAACAGGUCAGGUACAGCCCAAUGAACUUCCACGGCAUCAGCGCGUGUCUAGUAUUGCUUCCCGCACAAAGGUGCCUUCACCACCAUCAAACCCUGGUGCCGUGCCAGUCUAUGGUCAGGUCAAGGCGAAGAUUCCCAUAAGCUGUGUCCUGCGGGUAUCCAAUAAUGCUCCUAUUCCGGGGGAGACAACACGGGAUAUGGAUGUGGCUACCAUCUAUUCCAGUAUCAGUGCACGGAAAGCGUCCGAAGCCUUUAUAGAUCAUGAGCUGGGUAACUUGGUCCCGUAUCACGAACUUCCAGCGGAAACUAUCGAGGGACAGCAUGGUCUUAUCAAGCAUGUCCUCCUUAAUGAUCGGAGACGCGUUUUGACGCUAGAUACCGCAGGUGAAGUCACGCUGUGGGAUCUUAUAAGUUGCAAAUCGAUCAAAUCAUUUGGCAAAAGACACCUCGAUGAAGUUCGACCCGAGGUAGAUACUGUAGAAAGCAUAGUCAACUGGUGCGCAGUGGAUACUCGAACAGGUAGACUGGCCGUUGUUCUUGAUAAGAACGAUUGUUUUGACGCCGAGGCGUAUGCUGACGAGCUGGGACUUGAAAAUUCGGAAUACUUCAGGGAAGACCAGCGUAUAAAUCUGGGCAAAUGGGUGCUUAGAUACCUGUUUGCGAAGCUUAUCGAAGAGGAGACCGAAAAAGACCUGGAAUACCGUAUGCAACUUGUUCCUAACGCGUCAAGCUUCAAUACGGAUAACCUCAUAAGCACACGGCCCCCCAUACGACUACCUGGCUCACCACCAACUUUGACAAGUGGCAUGAAUCAAGAUGAUGCAGUGACUCCCAAAGCUAUCAAUGGCAUCUCCAGUACAUCCGCCACGUCCAUCGGAACAUCAGCGCCCCAAUCCAAUGGCAUGGUUGUGAAUAGUACUUCUCAAAUGGUCGCCAACGGCACUUCAACAAUUGAAGAGGCCUCGAAAUUAGAGAAGCAGCCUUCGCAAGCUUCCGCAAUCAGGGGAUCAAUGGAUAGACCUGCAGAUCUCCUGCCGAAUGAUUUGCAAGCAAAUGUAAAGGUCGAGGAUCAAGCCAAAGCACUGACAUCACCAGCCGAGGCGAAUGAGAGCUCUGCUACCGUCUCGUCAAACGAUAAUAAAGAUGAAAGGCCAGGGAGUACACUUUUCGGCAAGAAAUUUCGUAUGAAUUUUCCAAGAAAACUUGCGAGAUCGUCAGUAGAGGUCAAACCGGCAGUUGUUGAUGAGAAGUCUGAGGAAUCCGAUAGAUUCGAAGAUAAAGACGAGAAAUCAUCUGAUAGCUAUUUCCUCGGGACAAUCCUGGGCAUCAAAAAGGAUUACGAGGUGCAGCUUCAUGAUUUUCCAAAUCAAGAGGUAAUAUCAGGCAUAAGCCCAAGCACAGAGCACGAUACUCCGCGGCUGAAGCAUCCACCCUAUACAACAGUCAUCAUUCAAGAAGAGACCCCUGAAGCCGGAGGAGUAGCAGACAUCUAUCGAGGUACCGUCAGCUCGGUCGGGAGUGACGCCCAUAUGAUAGAAAGAAGAGCUCCAAGUUGGCUUGGUGAUGUCUUACUGAAGAAUCAAUUGCCCGACAAGGAGCCUACCAAAGUGUCUUUCGUAUUGUUGCCACACGAGGAUCUACUGCCCAGCAUUGCCAGCGCAGAUGGCAAUACAAGACUAACGGCAAACCGUAUGCUGCGGGCAAAGAAGGUUCUCGCCUAUGUUUCUGAGAAAAUAGAAACCACAUCCAUGAGGGCAGAUGCAUCAGCUUUGAAACCGGAGGAAUACCUUGAUUUAUAUUGUCAAAAUCAGCUCGUCGAGCACAACAUGACUCUGGCAACGCUACGGACCCACAUAUGGAAGACCGGAGGUGAUGUCGUAAUGUACUAUAGAUCAAAUGGAAUGAAACCAGAGUUAGAGCAGAUGAUCUCCGAGAAGGCAGCCGCGGCUUCUGCAGCUGAGACUUCUGGAAAGGUUGGACCUAUAAUUCCCGGAUGA